GUCGGCCAUUUUGGUUACUUGACAGAGGGGAUUUAUUUUGUAUAUAUGUGUCAUCAUCAGGACGUUUGGAAGGACAUUGAGGUUGCCAUUUCUUCAGAAAUGAGAAUGGCCCAUCCGUACAGUCCUGUGUAAAUGGAUAACUGGCUCAGAUUGAUAAUUAUAAGGCCAUUUUCCAGGGACCCAAGGGCACUGAUAGAUAGGUUCGGUGCCUUGAAUGACCCCGAUAUUUGCCAGAAAACACCGGUGUACGGGUCGGUUUGUGCUGAUUAACGUCGUUUUCCAUUGAAUGAGGGUGUUGUUCUUAGUUGGAUCUUCUAUAACAAGAUCUAUGAUAUCGCUUAGCCCCAGGAAACGUCAAUUUCCGUCGCAUCUACCUGUUCAUCUCGAGUAAUUAUAUUCAACAUGUCGACCCGAGCACCUCUUCAAACCGUGCACGAAUCGGUGACAGUCGAUCAUCAUUCAAAAGAUGACAAUGCAAACCCUCGUAUUACGUCGUCCAGGAGUCGAACCGCAGACGAGCCUCACAUCGGCAAAUACCGGCUGAUAAAGACCAUCGGCAAAGGAAAUUUUGCAAAAGUGAAACUAGCCAAGCAUGUGCCAACAGGACGAGAAGUGGCUAUCAAGAUCAUUGACAAGACACAGUUAAAUCCAUCAAGUCUACAAAAGCUGUUUCGAGAAGUAAGGAUCAUGAAGUUACUGGAUCAUCCCAAUAUAGUGAAAUUAUUCGAGGUAAUAGAGACGGAAAAGACAUUGUAUUUAGUGAUGGAGUAUGCUAGUGGAGGUGAGGUCUUUGACUAUUUGGUUGCACAUGGUAGAAUGAAGGAAAAAGAAGCACGUGCCAAGUUUAGACAGAUUGUGUCCGCUGUACAGUACUGCCAUCAGAAACACAUUGUACACAGAGAUUUAAAGGCAGAAAAUUUGCUUUUAGAUGGUGACAUGAACAUCAAAAUUGCAGAUUUUGGUUUCAGCAACGAGUUUGUACCGGGUAACAAAUUGGACACAUUCUGUGGAAGUCCACCAUAUGCAGCCCCUGAACUUUUUCAAGGGAAAAAGUAUGAUGGGCCUGAGGUGGAUGUAUGGAGUUUAGGAGUAAUUUUAUACACACUAGUCAGUGGUUCCUUACCGUUUGAUGGUCAAAAUUUAAAGGAACUGCGAGAAAGAGUGUUGCGGGGGAAAUACCGUAUACCUUUUUAUAUGUCCACAGACUGUGAAAAUUUGUUGAAAAAGUUUUUAGUUUUAAAUCCUACCAAAAGAGCUAGUUUAGAGAAUAUAAUGAGGGACAAGUGGAUGAAUAUAGGUUAUGAAGAUGAUGAACUAAAACCCUUUAAAGAGCCUCCAGCAGAUGUGCUCGACCCAAUCCGGAUAGAAAUCAUGGUAAAUAUGGGAUAUAGCAGAAAAGAUAUAGAAGACUCCAUAACAAAUCAGAAGUAUGAUGACAUCCAAGCUACUUAUUUACUUCUGGGACGCCGCUCCUCUGAUUUGGAGGGAAGUGAUCGGUCUGGGAGUAGCCAAUCCUUGCGCCAUUUACCAUUAUCAUCAUCCAAUCGACCUCAUAGUGAAAAUACUGCAAACAAUAACACUUCUCCCAACAAAGUGACACGCAGUCAGUCUGCCACGACGAGUUCCGGCCAGGGUCGCAGACGAUACAGUCAAGGUGCAGAAAAUAAUGGUAGUAUCCGACGCACAGCAGGACCUACAAGUUCACAGUCCUCGUCUCAUUCACGACGACAGAAUGCGAUAGACACAUCAACGACGAAGGAGAACAUCAUAUCAGGGAGAAAAACACCAUCAGGAAGUUCCUCCAUGGAGUCUCCCAAGGUUGGCAUCAGUUCUUCUACUCCAACUCGGGCUACUAUGCCAAAGAAACUCAGUGGAUCAUCUUCUUCAUCAACCCCCAAGAACAGUGUCAUCAGCAGCAUUCCGCGUCGGACAGGUCGCAGCGAAACCUUUAGUCCAGGCGACGCCCGUGUUCAGACCCCUGCUGAGAAAACCCGCGCUACUAAUGGUCAGGAUGUUAGGAGUCAACCAACAGAACCUAGCCCUAUGACCAAUUCUACAACCCCUUCAUCAUCAGAAGUACCUUCAGUCAGACCCAAAGGGCAUGGCCAUGUCAAAUCUGCAAGUUUAAGUCAGUCUCAAACUUCGCGGGUUACAGACUUGCCUCCCUUAGAUGGUGAAUUUCGGCCAACAACUGCUCCAGGUAAAACCUCCACUGUGCCUGUCUCCCCCGCUGCUCCUAAAAGCUCCCUAUAUCGUAACACAGCCAGCAGGAAUACAUUCCAUGGUGGGCCUAUUCGGGACAGACGGCAGCGUCAAUAUAAUGGGCCUGACGGUCUUCCGUCUCAUUCUCAGGAUACCUCUGCCAUGGGCCAGGCAGGCCGUAUGUCUUUCUUAAAUAAGCUUACAUCAAAAUUUAGCAGAAGAGAAUUCAUACCAGAAAACAAUAGUCAGGGUCGGGACAUGAAAAAAAGGUAUAACACUUCAUUGUCUCCAUCUGAAUCAUCUCAACUGUCCCGAUUGCAAGGCAAAUUGUUCCGCAGGUCAGUCAAUGAGGGGCGUGAAGGUGACCCAAUCAAGCCAAGGUCGCUGCGUUUCACAUGGAGCAUGAAAACGACCAGUUCAAUGGAUCCCAACGAGAUGAUGAAGGAGAUCCGCAAAGUAUUAGAUGCUAACAACUGUGACUAUGAACAAAGGGAGAAGUUCCUCCUGUUAUGUGUCCAUGGCGACCCCAACACAGAUAGCCUAGUGCAAUGGGAGAUGGAAGUUUGUAAAUUGCCAAGACUCUCCUUGAAUGGAGUUCGUUUCAAACGGAUUUCAGGAACUUCCAUAGGAUUUAAAAACAUUGCAUCUAAAAUAGCAAAUGAGUUGAAACUUUGAUGUAAGGCCAAGGGCUGCAAGAACGGACAAGUAGGUUACCCUGGAGUGGAGGCAGGUUGUGUGGUGUCCUUAUUAACCUAAACAGCUAAUUAACCCAAGGUUCACCUAUAGGAACCACAGAAGCUGUAAAGGAAAUAAUGUCCGAUGCUGGGCCAGUACUUGAAGGAAGGACAGAUACAGUAGCCUCCUCCUAAUCAAUCACAUGUAACAUUAUCCCCUCUCCCCACAUGUAUAAUUUUUGUACAAUGUUAAUAUUGUAAAAAGGUCACUGUAAUAUAGCUAAAUUAGACACCCAAAGGCAAGACCAGGGUUUGAAAUUGUACACAUGUAUGAAAUGAGAAAGAGGAUAUCAUGAAUGUGCUUUAAUGUACUAAAUGCAGAUGAAGUGAUGAGUGUUGUUACAAGUGCAUUUCUCCUGCUAGUCCACAUGCUGUCCACAUCUUUCUCCUCCUCUCCCCACUUUCUGUCUCUGUUAUCUUUUUAAAGGUGCAAUCCUAGCUCUGAUGGCGGGGAGACUGCUAUUACAUUUUGCCUGCACUUGUUAAACAUCUACGUAGUGUUAUAGAAGUUUAGAAUUAUUUUACAAAGAAGAAAUGGCCACCUGAGUUGUAUCAUUCAUUUGUAGGAACCAUUUGGAGGUUUGGACUCAGUGAGCUGUGAACCGUUGUUAUUGCGUCAGUGUACCAGGUAUGAUCAAACUUGCUACUGAAUGUUCCCUUCGUGUUCCUCUUUGACUGUGAUACUAUGAACACAACCCUGUGUGUUUAUGAACAUCUUAAUACUUUGCUUUGUGAAUGAAGCAACUCAGUGUGUUGAACAAGAUGCAAAAAUCUUACGAUAAUGAACAAUGUACAUAAUAAACCUAAGGGCAUUUGAUAGGUGCCAAUGAAAUUAAUGAAAAAGUGUGUCAAAGAUGUUACUGAUGUAGAAAAUUAUUUGUAAUAAAUAACUUGUGUUAUUCAAUAACUGCUCGCUAUAACCGAACAUUUAUUUCUUGUUCACAAACAACAAAUUACAAUAAACCAUCGUAAUGUAACCUAAAGUUGUCAUGAUGAUGUUGUUUUGGUAGUUAAACAGUAUAUUAAACAGAUCAAUAAUUGAAGGUGAAAUGUGAACCCUUCAGUGUAAGAGUAUUUUAAUAGAGAUUUUGUUUAGAAUUCCUUUCCAACUGAUUUACUGAGGUUGGUAUAUAAUAAGAACAGUAAAGGACACUCUGCUCUGGCUAUCUGACAGCAGACCUAUGGUGCUUCAGAUUUAUAAAUCACAAUAGAAAAUGAAAUUUUAUCCUGCUUUGGUUUUGUCAGCAGCUUAUCGGUGCUUUAUUUUUAUAAAUGACAAAUUACGGUAGAACAUGAAAUAUUGCCCUGCUUUGGUUUUGUCUGCAGACUAAUAGUUCUUUUGAAUUAUGAAUCACACACUAGAAAGUGAAAUUUUACUUUGCUUUAGUUUUCUCUGCAGACAUGCAAUGUUUGACUGGCACCUCACUUACAACACCUUAGUGGUAUGACUGGGUCAAAUGUCCUACUGACACACGAUUGUUAUGUAGGUGUUAAGACGUUAGAUAUAAGAUUUAACAUUGAAAUUUUUUAUUGGUUACUUGUCUAAACUUCCGAAAAAAUGAAUAAGACACCAGUAAAUCAUUCUUUUAAGGUUAAUCUGCAUUGAUAAGAAGUAUGGUUAGUGUUCUAAAAUGUUUUAGGUGGCAGAUCAAAAUUAGACACUCUAAAGGAUUUUUUUUAAAAAUAAGUAAAUGUGCUUUGAAUGAAGAAAUACUGGGGUAUUACUGGUGUGUGUUACACGGUCGUGAUAUUGUCCACUGGACAGCAGUUAUGCACUUGUUUCUGUAUGAUCUCAGAUAUCAUCUUGCCUUGGUCUCUAUCUUCUUCAUCACCAUUGAUUCCUGACACUCCAGAUAUGUCUGCUGAUGAGAACUAAUCUGCCAUUAAGUCAUCCUCAUAAUUUCACUGGGUAUGCAAGUUUGGAUUUAAUGUGUGUUAAACAUGGAAUUUGCUUGUUGAUCAACUUGCUCGUUGUCCAUACAUGUACAGCGUUUUGUUCAGUUUUAUCUAAUUUCCCUCAACAGUCCUAGACAGUAGUAAAUCUAUACUGAAAGCUCGGCAGGAAUUUUCUUGUACUUAUUGUAGCACAACACCAGUUGCUUAAUUGUGCUACAAAUGGAUGCAUUCAGAUUGUUUGAUCUCUAAAUUUAGUGAGGGAAUGAUAAAACUUGUCAUUCUACACACAUAGAAAACUUUGAAAUUUAGAUAUUUGUUGGAGCCCUGGUUGAUUAUGCAGCAGAUCGGUCAUUACUAACAUUCCUACCAUUCUGAUCAAUCAUCUGUAACAACUUCUUCUUCCUGUCAGCUUUUCUAAAAUAGAGAAAUAGUGCAAGAAUAUUUCAAAGUUGAAACCAUAGUUUAGCCAUGUCCUGUUUUUGCCUUUAAAGAGUAGAUACUAAAAAUAUAUGAUGUAACUCUUCAGGAAUCAAAAUUUGUCAGUUCAGUAUUCACAUCUUACGGCAAAAAUUAGACAAAAUCCUGUGAUAUGGUUGGUUGGCUAUAAAUAUGCACAUGUAUGACUUCCGUGUGAACUACAUUAUCAUGGUUAUUCACUAGGUUUAAGUGGGAUGUUUCAUUGUGACAAAAUACCUAGUUGGAAUUUGUAUGAGAGCAGAUACCUGCCUCGCAGAGAGCAGAUGUGGAAAAGCGAGUAACUAAACCACUGAAUCAUGUUGAUGAAAAGUCCGGCUUGUCUGAGAGGAAGGGUGAAUGACCAGCUAUAAAACAAUAAUGAUAAAGCAGUCUUGGUGUUACAAAUGAUGCGAUGAUUUCAGUGGUAAAUACAGACCAUAAAAACCUGACUUGUUGGCCAACUGAUUAAAAGUGAGUCAGUUAUGAUUUCAGGGGUAAGGACUGACCUAUCAUUCAUAGAGAUGGUGAAGGGACUUGUAAACCAUAUGGUGUCCCUGAUAUAAGUGCAAUCCUAUUUUUGAUAUAUAAAGGUCAACAGGUCAGGUUAUUCUUGGUCUGGCUGUGCACAGUGCCACAAUGCAUAAUAGUGCAACUGUUUGAUUUUAUUUAUUAAUAUGAUUUAAGGGUAUUUUGUAUGUUAUAUUUUUAACAAUAGCUAAUAAUAAAGUAUAGAAGUGAUUCUAUAUACCUAUAUAUAUAUAGGUCAACAGUCUAUAAAUUACUGGCCUUUAACUGGAGCUGUAAAAAAACAAGUGAUUUUACAAACCUAUUUAUUAGUAAUGUAGUCAAGAGUAUACUGUUGGCGUCUAUAACCAAACGAAUGACAGGAUAUUAUACUUACAGGGAUCAGUCAGGACAAAACCUAUUUUGAUGUUUUAUUUUACUUGUCUCGUGUUGUUUCUGUUGAGCCUGUGAGGUGUUUUUUUUUGUCAUUCUGUUUUAAUGCAAGUAAUAUACCUGACCUAAUUAAUGCGAUUUAGAUACAUCUGAGAUCUCAAGAAACUGUUACAUUUUAACUGAUGUCGGUAAACACUCCAUUAGGUUCAGUUGGUGAUAUAUUGAUACUAGUAGUUGUUAUAAGACUAUCAGUCAUAAAUCACUAUACUUGUUUUAUUUUUGGAAGAUUGUGUAAAAACAAAGAACGUUUUUGAAAAGUUUAUGAGAAUUACAGACUAACCUCUACACCAGCUAGUGGAAUGCUGUGUGCUGUUGUACACUAAUAUUACUUUGUCAAAUUGACUGAAGUUCAUAUCAAAGAUUUCAAGUUUCAAAUUAUCACAUAUUCAUGUAAAUCCAUGAGAAUGUAAAAUAUACAGGCAAUCAGCUCUCAAAAUUGGUGUAGAAAUAGUGAUCCACUACCAAUUUACAGGACUGUGAAAUAGACCUGGUCUGUUACAGGACUGUGAAAUAGACCUGGUCUGUUACAGGACUCAGAAAUAGACCUGGUCUGUUACAGGACUGUGAAAUAGGCUUGGUCUGUUACAGGACUGUGAAAUAGACCUGGUCUGUUACAGGACUGAAAUAGACCUGGUCUGUUACAGGACUGUGAAAUAGACCUGGUCUGUUACAGGACUCAGAAAUAGACCUGGUCUGUUACAGGACUGUGAAAUUGACCUGGUCUGUUAGAGGACUGUGAAAUUGACCUGGUCUGUUAGAGGACUGUGAAAUUGACCUUGUUGGUUUUAUUUCUAAUUAGAAAUUGGUUCCCUGAGAGGUCGCAGUUUAAAGCUUGCAAUAAAGAUCUGUGAAAUCUGUUCCUUUUCUUUGAUUUAAAUGUUCUUGCCAAAUUGCAAGGUUUAAUGUGAAUGUGAUCUGUGUAACUGCUCACCAAGUCGGGCUGAUUAAGGUGUGCAACAGCUGUGACAGUACAGCAGUGUUUGACAUUACUUACACUAGUUAGUUUUCUGGUGAGUCAAUGCUUUCCUAGAUAUUUCGUUUCAACUUAGAUUAAUUAACUUUAUUAAACAAAUUAAUUAAGUUGGACAGUUGCCAUGAAAACAUUGUUUCAAACUAGAAAACAACUUUACUGUGAAACCAGAUGCUGUAGAGCUUUCUUACUUUAGUGUAGAAUCACUGGGUACACCGGACAGAUGGUUCCAGUCUGUUGGACCAGUGUACACUAACUGUUGUGGUGUAGUAUGGUCAAAUAGCUGUUGUAUAAGAGUAGGAAGAUGUGUUUGUGCCAAGUGCUGAGUGAUAUGGGAGAUUUGAUUAUGUAUAUCCCACCAGGGGCCUGUACACAGGUAUGUUAUGUGUGAGAGUGAGACAUGUUUGUGAUAUAUUUCAUGGGUAGGAAUUCUCCUUUUUAACACAAAUCAAAUUGGCCCACAACAUAUGGAAAACAAAGCAAUUUUCCAAGCGUGGGAGGAUAAAAGAUGCUGUUUUAAUCGUGUAAGGAACAUUUCACAUCGUUGAUCACAUAUUCCUUUUAUGACUCCUCAUCAGUACCUUUUAGUUUAUACAUGAAUAAUAGUGAAGAGACAAUUAAAAUUUUCAUGAAAUGGAUGAUAACUA